AUGCCUCCCAGAAAGCGUGCGCGCGGCCAAGCUGCCGCAACCCCAAGCGCAACUCGGGACGACGAUGCCAUGGACAUCGACACCCCAGCAACCAGCGAUGCGGGCGGCCCUCCAAAACACGACGGUCCGAAUUACAACGAAAUGUGGACGGAUGAUCAAAUCGCUUCUCUGUUCAAGGGCGUUAUCCGCUGGAAACCGGCAGGUAUGCACAAACACUUCAGAAUGAUUGCGAUUUCAGAGCAUCUCCGAAACCACGGCUUCGACCCAGAUAUCUAUCACCACACUAGAAUACCCAAUAUCUGGGACAAGUUGCGCACAUACUACGACCUAGACUUGAUAGACGAGCGCGAGUAUUUCGACGACGACGAACACGACGAGAAAUAUGUCGAUUUCUCGCUACCACACUCACACUAUCUCGACUCCAUGAUGCAGAGGGCGGUGGCCGAUGCGAGCGAAGCACCUACCUCUCCACCAGCGCUGGACCUCUCGCCCGAGCCAUCACUUCCAAGAAAGCGAAAGAGAUCAGGAACAGCAUCAAAGGCCAGGGCCACAGAUGCCGAAGACACGGAAGACGGUACAGACGCACCAUCACCAGCCGGUAGACCGACGAGGGGCUCAAGAGGACGCACACGAGCGGCAAGUCAGCAGGCCAAGGUGGAAAAAGUCGAGAAGAGUGACAAGGACAAAUCCGACAAGGAGAAGGCUGAGACUACGGAAGAAGAGGACGGUGAAGAGGAGGACGACGAGAGUGGAUCUGGGGAGGAUGAUGACGAGGGUGAGGGCGAGGGCGACAGUCAGGCUGAAGGCGAAGGCGAGGAUGAUAACGACGGGGAAGAGGAGGGAGAGGAAGAAGAGGACGAGGACGAGGAAGAGGAAGAGAGUGCCGAAGAGGGUGGCACGCCAGCAUCAAGGUCAACAAGAGCAGCUACGAGAAAGAGUGCUGCACCAAAGCCUACCACACGGAGGACCAGGUCACGGAAAUGA